CCUUAUUAAAUAGGCUCAAACGAUAAUCUCAGGAGUUCUCCCAAAAUCUCUGUCCAGUCGCGUGAAGUCUCUCUCUUCAGGGUGGUCGGUGGUGGAAGAAAUGCAAGCUGAUUUUAAAUGUUUCGAAAAAACACUCACGAGAACGGACGUCAACCGUAACUUAGAAAUACCUAACGGAGCCCAUUUCAUGCCGGCCGGGAAUGGGGUGAUGCUUGUAACUGACCAAGCCGGAAACAGAUAUCAAUUCAUAGCAUCGGAAAGGAGAGGAGGGAGGCGUUCUAUGACCGACCAGUGGCGCGCUUUCGCAGAGGCCAAUCAUCUUCAAGUCGGGGAUGCUCUCAGAAUCUAUCACUCAGGUAAUGGGGAUGAUGAAUAUGUCGUGGAGAUGGGUGUGAAACUCUUUGGAACGAUCAUAGCUUGGCGACCAAUAUAAUGGAGCGUUUGGUAGGAGGAGCGACAAAAAGAGAGCAAUAUU